AUGCCUUCCUACAUCGAUGGCGAGAUGCUGCCGCCGCCAGCAGCAUCAAUCCGUGGCCGCGACCACCACACGUAUGGCGGCAACAAUGCUUUUCACAACUUCUACAACGACUAUUCACACAUUACCGAUCCCAAUCUGCGGAGACGCCUGGCCUUGUCCGAGAUUGACAAGGUCCCUUUUGGAUUAUACCAUGUCCGAGCCGUCCUGGUCGCCGGAGCUGGAUUCUUUCUCGAUUCCUACGACAUCUUCGCCAUCAACCUCAUUACUACCCUCCUUGGGAUGGUCUUUUACAGCAGUGAUAGCUCUCUCAACGGCUACGGAGGCAACGACGGAAUUCUACCCGAUCCUGUCAACCAAGCGCUCAAGGCCUCGACCAGCGGCGGUAUUGUGCUGGGAAUGAUAAUCUUUGGCUGGCUUGCCGAUGCGCUUGGCCGACGCCGUAUGUACGGCAUUGAGCUCAUCAUCAUCAUAAUUGGAACAUUUGGCUGUGCGCUUGCGUCUCCAAGUCCCACGAUUAGUGCUGCCGGCCUGCUGGUAUUCUGGCGCGUCAUGAUGGGCAUCGGCAUUGGGGGUGACUACCCCCUUUCUUCAGUCAUAACAUCAGAGUUUGCGCCGACACGCUGGCGUGGGGCCAUGAUGGCUGCUGUCUUCUCCAUGCAGGGCCUGGGAGCCUGCGAUUUGGCAUGCAGGGAGGCCGCUGAUCGAUCGUGGCGAAUCAUUGUUGGCGUUGGGGCCAUCCCUGCCGUCCUGGCCCUGUACUAUCGUAUCACCAUCCCUGAGACACCUCGCUACACCUUUGAUAUCCAAAACGACAUUGAAAAGGCUGAUGCCGAUAUCCGAGCAUACGUGUCGAGCCGGCCAAAGGGCGACUUUGGCUCCAUGAAGAGAUCCCGAUCGGGGACCAUGACUACCGAGCAACCACUCGAUGUGCCGCUGGCUUCGUGGCCAGACGUGAUGAGCUAUUUUGGCCAGUUGAAAAAUCUCAAAGUCCUCAUUGGCACAACAAUGUCGUGGUUCUUUCUGGACCUCGCAUUUUACGGUCUAGGCUUGAACAAUACUAUGGUCCUUAGUGCCAUUGGCUAUGCCACGGGACGUACACUGUAUCACAAACUGUACAACCAAGCCGUUGGAAUGAUCAUACUCGCGUGUGCCGGGUCCAUUCCUGGGUACUGGGCUGCCGUAUUCACCAUCGACAGCGUCGGCCGCAAGCCCCUUCAGUUCGCCGGCUUUCUGUUGCUCACCGUCAUCUUCUGCAUCCUCGGUUUCUACUUUCACCACUUGAGCGAAGGCGCGAUGCUCGCCCUCUACAUUGUUGCACAGUUUCUUUUCAACUUCGGCCCCAACACGACUACUUUUAUCAUUCCUGGAGAAUGCUAUCCUACACGAUACAGGUCUACUGGCCACGGCCUUUCCGCAGCUUCGGGUAAGAUCGGCGCCAUCAUUGCCCAGGUCAUCAGCAUCCCGAUUCUGAGGAAGGACUCCCCUCCCAACUGCUCGGGCAACCAGUGCUCGCCGCACCUGAAUCGCCUUUUGCAACUUUUUGCCCUCUUUAUGCUUCUGGGCACACUAGUCUCGCUUUUAGUACCGGAGACAAAGGGGAUGACGUUGGAGGAACUUUCGGGCGAGGCCCGCACCAGCUACAACGCCGGAUGCAACGGCAGUAUCAACAUUACUUCACCUCGACUGCGGCCGUGGAAUCCGUUCAGUGGUGGCCGGCCGGCCGGGUUCUUCUAUCCGCGAGCGCACGGUAUCAGCACCUUUGGCAACGGCCGACGCUCCCCUCGGGUUGGCAUCAUGGAGUCCCCCGAGAUAUUCGCCCAACACGAUCCAUCCCAACAGAGGACACGCUUCUGGCGGAGACGAAACAGAAAGUCCCAGGCCCGAAGCGAUAGAACCGACGAGAUUGCUCUUAGCCGUCGUCCCAGCAGCUUUCACGAAAACGCCGGCUCGGACGAGAUUACGCUGACGGACGGCUUUAUGGCACCGGGCGGGGCGAGCUCGUCGCGAUUCCGACCACAAUACGCGCAGCAAGAGUUGCCUAGCUGGGGAGCAGGCUGGGGACGAAUAGACAGGGGAGGGCCCCCUCCUCUGGCGACAUCGAUGCAGCUGCAAGAUGUCGGAUCACUUUUGAAAGACUGA